AUGGAUUCAUUGAGUUCCGCUUCUUCGUGCGAAGACCUCAUCCAACAGCUCCAACGGCUCAUGACAAGCGACGCUUACAGCGAGUUGUUAUUGAUUGUUAAGGAGAACGCCAUAUUAAGACAACAUGAAAGAGACCUUAACAUCACCAAUGAACAGAAUCUCAAGACGCUUGGGCACUUGCAGCAAAACUUGGAGACUGCAACCGAACAAAUUGCCGAGUAUUCUACCCAAGUCGAUGGUUUGACCCAGGAAAUUCAGCGUUUACAAAUCGCACUCAAUAAUGCUCAGGGAAACAUGAAGAUCAAGGACGAAGAGUUGCGUGAGAAUAAAAAGUCAACCACUAAGCUUGCAGCAAACUUGAAGCAGAGAGAGACGGAGCUUGCUAAUUUCAAGCAAUGUCUUAACAAAGAAAGAGAGAACUCCAAAACAGAGAAGGAUGCGAGAAUAGCCACUGAGCAUGAUUUGACGCUGCUGAAAAGAGAGAUAUCAACUCUUUCGGAAAGGCUGCAAUGUUUGAAUCAGUUCACCGUCGACUUAAGAAAACCGGACAGGGAUAUAAUACGAGAUCAAUUGCAAGAUAUGUUCAAGCUUGUCCAUAGCCUGAUUGUUGAAUUCUUCGGUCAUGAUUUGGAAAAUCCGGCUUUUCAAGACCAAACCACUUGGGAAAACCUCCGCAACCACGAUCUUUUGAAGCGUAUUGUUCCUUUGCCUUUAUCAAAUACAACAUCUGCGAAGGAUAUGCGAGUAGCUGCUCUUAUUGGAAUUUGCGCAGAAGCAAUGUCGCGGCACAUCUUCCAAUCUACCUAUCUUUUGGACGGAAGUCAACUCCACGAACUCAUCGAUGCGCUACAGUCCUACGACUGGAACCAAGGGAGUUACCUACGAUCGGUUCUCCUUCGAUCUCUCAUCACGGAGCAAAAGGAAAACAGCCUUAAACGUACCAAAAGGCUUGUAGCCGAGGUUUUGAAGCUUACGAAACCACUUUUAUCGGCCAAAAGACAGGUCCUCUUUGAAGAUGCCCUUCUUGUAGUUUGCAAGAAAAUUACCGAGCAAUGGAUGCAAUUCCAAGAGUUGGAGGCAGCAGUAGAGCCAGACUUUGAGUUGAACGACGAUGCUGGUGAUUGGAAGUUAUUCCUGUUUCCAAAGCGAGCGAUGAAUAACAAUGUGGAAUUCCCGCAAGAUCCAGACCCGAAAAAAGCUGAGGCGAAGCUGAGUAUGAUGCAAACUAACUUUGUCGUAUGGCCUGCAUUUUUUAUUUCCGAAGCCGGAGAAUUGGAACUUUUGCGGCCAGGUUUUGCUCUGAGUGAGGAACAGAUGCAACCUGCGAAAAGUGAAGAAAAUGCCAUUUCCUCUCGCCGAGCCCGCCAGGAAGCACGAAGAACCAAUCGCAGGAAAGCAAAGAUUUCAGCAACCUAA